GCUCGCCACCAUGGUCAACAUCCCCAAAACACGACGGACCUUUUGUAGGAGCAAGAAAUGCCGAAAGCACACGCCCCAUAAAGUAACGCAGUACAAGACGGGGAAGCCGUCGUUGAAAGCCCAGGGGAAGCGCCGUUAUGACCGAAAGCAAUCCGGUUAUGGUGGUCAGACGAAGCCUGUCUUCCACAAAAAGGCGAAGACCACCAAGAAGAUUGUCUUGCGGUUAGAGUGCACCGAAUGCAAGUAUAAAUCACAGAAAGCCUUGAAGCGAUGCAAGCACUUCGAGCUGGGUGGGGAGAAGAAGACGAAGGGUGCUGCCAUUACGUUCUGAUCUCUUGUCCAUCACCCUUGCUCUCAACCACUAUGCAACUGGUUAUGAUGUAUUUCUCACUACUUAUGAUCGAUGCUAUGACCCAGUCGCUUCGCAAUCCAAUAAUGGUGCAUUACAGUCCUCGCCUCCGU